AUGGCAGCCCAGCCCCGGCCCACGACCUUUUGCGCCGUCGAGGACUGCCGCGGCCUGGAUGAUGAAUACGCAGGCGGCUACCAUUGGCUGGGCGACCCCAUGCCGCCGGCCGAGGCGAGGCAGCGGUACCCAGAGCGGGAGCUGGUCGAUUUGGUGGGCGUCAGCGAGGCGCAGCGUGCAAGGCUGGUGGCCAAGCACCGCAAGGAGCGGGAGGCGGGCACAGGGCGCAGGAGCUACCACCCCGCCGCCGCCGCCCACUUCCACGGCUUCUGGGCGGACGAGGACGAGGACGGCAAGGGCGACCAGCAGUACGUGUACUGCGGCGACUUCAUCAAGGUCAAUGUGGGCGACGAGAACACCAAGGGCUGGAGCGUGGCGCAGGUCGAGGAGCUCUACCAGACGCCAGACGGCGCGCGCAUGAUGCGAGUCCACUGGUUCUAUGCCGCGCACGACGCCGCCACCUCUCUCAUCUAUACCAAGCAGAAGGCGGGCGGCAAGAAGGCGGCGGCCGCCCUGUCCAGGCUUGCCGUGGACGGCUUUGACGAGCGGCAGGUGUUCCGGGCACGGGACAACCGGCUGUACCAGCACGAGUACCUCAUCGACAUGCUGGAGUGCAAGGUGGAGGUUGUGUACGUGCAGCCCCAGACCGCGCCGCCCGCCGGCUGCCAGUUCUGGUGGAGCUUUGAGUUCGACCGCCGCUUCCUCACCUUUGAGGUCCCCGCCCACGUGGCGAAGCAGCAGCGCGAGCGCUUCCUGGCGGCCCGCAAAGGCAAGAAGGCGCCGGUGGUGCUUCGGGGCAUGGACCUGUAUGUGGGGGCAGGCGGCCUGGGCUACCUGGACCACAUCAGCCUGCUGGAGGAUGGGCGGCCCGACCCGGCAGGGGUGCAGACCCGCACCGACUGGGCUUGCGACUAUGAGGAGGACAUGGCACGUACCUUCAAAGCCAACAACCAGCACUGUCACCCCUGGAACGGGCGCGACCCGUACAAGCACUGCGACGACGAUAAGCUGCUGGCCUGGCCGCGCAGCGUGUUUGGGGAGGUCGUUGCAAAGAGCAAGGCCAAGGGCCGUCGGGCCCCGGUCAAGGGCGGCCAGGCCGCCAAGCGGCAGAAGCAGGGCAGCGGGGCUGCUGCCAGUGCGGGGCUGCUGGAGGGAGGUGAAGCGGCCGGGAGCGAGGAGCCUGCCGAGGAGGAGGAGGAGGAGGAGGAAAGUGAGGAUGCUGAGGACGCUGAGGAGGAGGAGGAGGAGGAGGAGCAGGCUCCCGCACCCAAGAGCAAAGGCAAAGGCAAAGGCAGGGGCAAGGGAUCGGCGGCACAAGCCCCUGUUUCCAUCACAGAGGGCGACUGCCUGCCCUACCACGGCAAGGUGGGCAAGGUGACGCAGAUCCUGCAGAUGCGGCUGGGCGAGAAGGCGCCCCGCCAGCGCAAGUCCAACGUCGCCGCCGGCCUGCUGCUGCGCUCCAUGCGCCGCGACGAGCGCUGGCUGGAGUUCAAGGUGGUGAUGGAGGCUGGCGGGGAGCAGCAGGAGGUGUGGCUGUCGCGCAAGCAGCUCAAGGGGCAGGAUGAGCUGCUGCGCGGCUUUGUGCGCAAGCUGCGAGAGCGCCAGCUCAUCCCCUUCCCUGGCGAGGUCGACUUCAUCUGUGGAGGCCCGCCCUGCCAGGGCAUCAGCGGCAACAACCGCCACGCCAUGACUGAAGACAUCCUGCAAGACCCUCGCAACCGCCAGCUGCCCGUGUUCAUUGCAUACUCGGAGUGGUUCAAGCCCAAGUAUGUGCUGAUGGAGAAUGUGCAGGACAUCCUGAAGAAGGAGGAUGGGCUGUACAUCAAGUACGCCAUGGGCAGCAUGCUGAACAUGCGGUACCAGGUGCGGGUCGGCCUGCUCGCGGCCGGCAACUUUGGCGUGCCGCAGGGCCGCUGGCGGUGCUUCCUGUGGGCGGCGGCGCCCGGCCAGCAGCUGCCCGCCAUCCCCAAGCCCACCCACAACUGCAUCCACUUCAAGGCAGGUUCCAGGCGGGACAGCCAGGCUGCCGCGCCUCGCUGUUGCGCCACUGCCAACAAUGCCAAACGCCUCACCUCUGGCUUUGUGAGCAACGAGGACUGCACGAUGAACGGCCACCCGCCGGUACUGCUGGGCGACAUCUUCUCCGACCUGCCCGAGGUGGACAACUUUGAGCUGCACGAGCGGCGGCGGUACGAGACGGGACCGCAGCGCCUCACGCAGCUGUCUAGUAACUACAGCCAAGCUCGUAAGGCUGCUCAUCUGCCAGAGAAUUGUGGUCGAAGGUGCAUGCAUGCGCUGGUGCCACUCCCGGCGCAGGCCUGGCUGCGGCGAGACCCUCGCCCCUGGAUGACCACCCGGCAGGACCGGUUUGACGCACAUGAGGAGUACAUGCAUGCGGGGCACAACGAGCUGGUGCAUGCGGCGCUGCAGAUGGCUGAGGCUCAGGGUGCUGCCGUGAUGGGCACCAAGAUGCUGCUUUGCAAGAAGAACCCUUUGGCGCCGGAGGCGAAGGGCUCCAAGCGGGAGUCUGACGACAUGGACAAGGGCAACCACGCCUUUGAGACUUGGUCGGCCUCCGUGCGACACGUCAAGGACCCCAAGCUGCAGGCGGUGCUGUGGCUGCAGGCGGAGGCCAGCCGCCACGGAUACGCUCACACCCAGGGAGAGAUGUACGUGCGCCGCCUACGGGAGUACCUGGAAGCUGACCCGCAGCUGCGGGCUGACCCCGAGGCCAUCCUGUGCGACCACCGCCCCUACUUCUGCAACGCCAACGACCACCUGCGCCUGAUCAAUGUGCCGCCGCGCAACGCUGGGGAUGAUGACCGCAACUUCCGGAACCUUGAUGGAAUCGUGCAGGACGAAGGCGGCACCUACUGCUGCUACGGCCACAGCCACGCGCCCCGCAUCGACGGAAAGUCAGCCUGUGCGGGCGGCGGCGUGUACGAGCCUCCCAAGAAGGAGAAGAAGGGCGCACACAAGGAGUAUCGGGUGGACCAGCACAACAAGGAGGGGUGGCGUGGCGGCGCUCUUGAGGGCUGCGCCGCCUCCACCACCUUUAUCCCCACCGGCGACGUGCUGGUGCCGCAGUGGUGCGUGACCUUCAAGAAGGGCAAGUCCAAGGGGAGGGGCGGCUGCUUCGGGCGGCAGGGGCCCCACGAGACUGUGGCCACGGUGGUGGGCCGCUCGGAGCCUCAUAACCUCAAGGGCUUCCCAGACUACCAUGUGCUGCUGGCCAAGCCCAAGCUCUCUACCAAGCGCUUUGCCGGCAACCCAAACAUCAAGCAGCGCUUCCAGCAAAUGGGCAACGCAGUGAGCCCGCAGGUGGCGGCGGCGCUGGGGCGCUGCCUGGCGCUGGCGGCGGUGCAUGCCAGCCCUCCUGAGGAGAUGCUGAUCGCGGUUCCGGACCCUGAGUAUGAGCUGCUGUCGGAGGAGUGGGACGCCACGCCCGGCCUGCCCGAGGCCUUCUAUGCGCACGAGUACCUGGCUGAGUUUGGCAGCCGCAGCCUGGAGUACUUGAACAACAUAGUCAACUUCCUGGGUGACGACGACAGCGAGGAGGACGAUGUACAAGCUUCCGCUGAGGAUGAGGACGAGGAGGAGGAGAGCGAGGAGGAGGAGGAGGAAGAGGACGAGUAG